GCAGAAUGCGGGCGCUGUUCGUGGUGCUGAAACCGCUGUGUUUUCUCGCUCUGCUCGGCUACUGCCCUUCCGCGACCAUCAGACCAAAGGAAGGCUGGCAGGUGUACAGUUCAGCGCAGGAUGCCGACGGCCGCUGCAUCUGUACGGUGGUGGCACCAGAACAGAACUUGUGCUCCAGAGACGCAAAGAGCAGACAGCUCCGCCAGCUACUGGAGAAGAUUCAGAACAUGUCGCAAUCAAUCGAAGUGCUGAACCUGAGGACCCAGAGGGACUUCCAGUAUGUCAUGAAAAUGGAGAGCCAGAUGAAAGGACUCCGAUCAAAGUUCAGACAAAUCGAGUCGAACCGAAGAACAUUAUUGACUAAAAACUUUCAGGAGCUGAAGGGGAAGAUGAACGAACUGCAGCCACUGAUUCCAGUGCUGGAGCAGUACAAGACUGACGCCACACUCAUUUCCCAGUUCAAGGAGGAGAUCAGGAACCUGUCUCUGGUGCUGACUGCUAUCCAGGAGGAGAUAGGAGCGUAUGAUUAUGAGGAGCUCCAGCAAAGGGUCCUCGGCUUAGAGGGAAGACUGAGGAACUGUAUGAACAAACUCACCUGUGGUAAGCUGAUGAAAAUCACGGGGCCCAUCACUGUAAAGACAUCAGGAACGAGGUUUGGAGCUUGGAUGACAGACCCUCAGGCUUCACCUAAGAACAACAAGGUCUGGUACAUGGACAGCUAUACAAACAACAAGAUUGUCCGUGAGUACAAAUCAGUAAGUGACUUUGUGUCUGGGGUCGAGUCAAGAACCUACAACCUUCCGUUCCACUGGGCGGGAACUAAUCACAUGGUCUACAAUGGCUCCCUGUAUUACAACAAAUACCAGAGCAACAUCAUUGUCAGAUACAGCUUUGAAAGUGGCCGGGUUAUGACCCAACGAGCACUUGAGUCCGCCGGCUUCCACAACGUCUACCCGUACACCUGGGGCGGAUUCUCCGACAUUGACCUGAUGGCAGAUGAACUCGGUUUAUGGGCCAUCUAUGCCACCAAUCAGAAUGCAGGGAAUAUAGUGAUCAGCCAGCUGGAUCCUCUGACCAUCCAGGUGCUAAACUCUUGGAACACAGAAUACUCCAAACGAAACGCAGGUGAGUCCUUCAUGAUCUGCGGCACGCUGUACAUCACCAACUCCCACCUGACCGGUGCUAAGGUAUACUACUCUUAUUCCACCAAAACCUCUACCUAUGAGUACAUGGACAUCCCCAUCCAUAACCAAUACUUUCACAUGUCCAUGCUGGAUUACAACGCCAGGGAUCGUGCACUUUACGGCUGGAACAAUGGCCACCAGGUACUGUUCAACGUCACGCUGUUCCACAUUAUUCAAACUGACGACGAAUCCUGAGGUGAGAGGAAAACUUUGAUUCUGCAGUUACACUUAUCUGUAAUCGCCGUAGUAUUGCUGUGAAAUAAUGGCUUUUAUAUAUUUCAAUCAAAAGAUGAGUGCCUCUGGAGAUGUCAGUCAGCAUUACACUCCUCCAUUUGUAAAACAAUCAUGAUUAAACUCAAAC